UCGAGGUGCGCCAGGUGGUGAGGGUAUCAGGCGCGGCCAAGUGGCGGCCAGUUGAGUCAGUCGUCCAACUAUGCUGCGGAACCAGGGCGGCCGGCUGGGCCAACCCCGGAGCUGAGCCUGGGCUGCCCCAGCUCCCGGCGCAGGCUCCCCGCCCCCGCGGGCCCAGAGGAAGCGACCGAGGCGCGGCGCUGGAGCACCUGGGUGUGAGGUCGGCGGCGGGCGCGGCGCUUCCGGAGCCGCGCGCCCGUCGGCGGCCCGCGCUCCCCGCCUCCAGGUGCCGCGGCUGUGGCGCGCUGGCCCGAGUGACAGCGCCGCCCGCGCGGCCGGCGCCUGGGAGCAGAGGCGGCUGCGGGAAGUCGGCGUGGAUCGGGAAGGAGGAGGCUCCGCUGCCAGGGGCAAAGGGGUGAGGACCGAGCGGCCGGCGCAGCAAGAGGCGCUGGCGCCCGGGCUCCCCCGCCUGGCCUCGCCAUCAGGGCUCGGCGGCCCGCGUGCAAGGCGAGUACCCGGGAGCCGUAGGUGGGCUUGGCCGGCGGCGUCCGGGCCGAGGACGGGUUGGGGAAACGUUCUCAGGAUGCUUCGGCACUUUCACGGGUAAAUUUCCAGAACGCCGAGUGCUGGGUUCUGGUUUCUGCCCCUUGGAUCUCGCUCCCGCAUGUGGGCGUCUAAAAGGAAACCAGAAGCCGGCAUAAGAAUAUAAAAUGAUCACCGUGAAGGCAGUAACAUUUUGAGAAUUUUUUCUGUCACAAGAAGAACCAAUAGAAAAGUACAUCCUCUUGUGUGUGUGCCUCAUUGGACUGUUUGUUAUAACUCAGCUUAGUGAUGAAGCCAUCAUUAUGUCCUCAGUCAGUGAAGUAAAUGUUGAGAUCAGAGAUUUCCUAAUGAGUAUUAAUUUGGAGCAGUAUCUCUUACAUUUCCGAGAGUUUGGUUUUAAUACUGUGAAGGACUGUGCAGCAGUAAAUGACAAGGUGCUACACAAUAUUGGAAUAUUACCUACAGGUCACCGUAGGAGGAUACUUAAACAGUUACAGAUAAUCUUAUCAAAAAUGCAAGAUAUCCCAAUAUAUGCAAAUGUCCACAAAACAAAGAAGAGUGAUGACACUUCAAAGGAUGGCUAUACUUUAUCUUCUGAUCAGAAUACUGGCAUAGAACUUCCAGAAUCUGUUAGUGUUCAGACACCUAGCCCAAUACAGUUGGAGACUGUUAAAGAAAAUCUUGAUCGAAUUGAUGUUAGUGUAGAAAACAGCCAAUCUCCUAAACUGGAUGAUAAAUUGUCUCUUCCUAAAUGCCACUUGCUCAUUCCAGGAGCAGAACCACACCUUAAUUUGGGUUCUUUUCAAGAUUCUUUUCUUGGUAAUAAAAAUAUUGAAACAGAUUCUCUGAUUUCAAAGAAGGCUGUGGAUUGCACACUUGAAGACAAACAAACAGACAAAGAUGAUUUGAUCUCAGAAAAUCUUAGCAAGCUUCCUACUGCAGAUCCUGAAUGCCUUUCUUCCCUUGGCUGUUCAAUAUCAGAAGGAAAUUCUGGAACUGGAACUAACAGUUUACUAGAAAAGUCAUUACCAUCCCCUUUCUUUCAAUUUCAAGGAGAAAUGGUUGUAAAUGAUUUGUAUGUUCCUUCAUCACCAAACCUAGAACCUAUGAGAAGUCGUAGCAAGUUGGUUUCAAGACCAUCCCGAUCUUUCCUGCUAAGGCAUCGUCCUGUACCAGAGAUUCCAGGGUCAACAAGAGGAAUUUCAGGGAGCUAUUUCCGUGAAAGAAGAAAGGUUGUUGCCCCAAGUGGAAAUUCUGUGGCACAGCAAAAUUCAAAUGAGGAGAAUUCAUCUUCGAUUAUUCCUUAUGGAGAGACCUUUCUCUUUCAGAGACUAGAAAAAUCCAAGAAGUCUAUAAAGAAUGAAUUUUGGUCCCAUGAAGAAAUCCUUAAAGGUGAAGCAACUGCUGUGAGGACUCCUGUUUUAGUCAAAUCAAGCAUAUAUGAUAACAGAAAGGAGAAAAUAAAUGAAGAAAAAGUGGAAGAUAUUUGGAUACCUCGAGAGGACAAAAUUAAUUGUCCAAUAGACUCUGAUACUGAAUCAGAAUACUCAACAGUAGAAGAAUGCUUUCAGAGCUUAAGAAGAAAAACUUCAAAGGCCUCUAAAUCUAAGUCUCAAAAAGCAGUGAAUUUGGACCCCAUUAAUAGACACAGUUAUCCAUUAACUUCCACAAGUGGAAAUACUGAUGCAUCAGCCAUUCCUUCAAAUGUAAUAUCUCCCUAUGCCUGUUUUUAUGGAUCAUCUGUGAGAAAGAUUAAAUCUGGGUGGCUGGACAAACUGUCUCCUCAAGGAAAACGCAUGUUUCAGAAGAGAUGGGUGAAAUUUGAUGGCCUUAGCAUUUCUUAUUACAAUAAUGAUAAGGAGAUGUAUUCGAAAGGAAUAAUUCCCAUUUCUGCUAUAUCUACAGUUCGAGUUCAGGGAGACAACAAAUUUGAAGUUGUUACAACACAAAGAACUUUUGUUUUUAGAGUAGAAAAAGAAGAGGAGAGAAAUGACUGGAUCAGCAUUCUAUUAAAUGCCCUGAAAUCGCAAUCCCUUACCUCAAAAUCUCAAGCAGUUGUUGCGCCUGAGAAAUGUGGAUAUCUUGAAUUGAGAGGAUAUAAAGCCAAAAUUUUUACUGUGUUAAGUGGUAACAGCGUGUGGCUUUGCAAAAAUGAGCAGGAUUUUAAGAGUGGACUUGGUAUUACCAUAAUCCCUAUGAAUGUAGCAAAUGUAAAGCAGGUGGAUCGAACUGUGAAACAAUCUUUUGAAAUAAUCACUCCCUAUAGGAGUUUUAGCUUUACAGCCGAGUCUGAAAAAGAGAAACAGGAGUGGAUUGAAGCUGUGCAGCAAUCGAUAGCAGAAACUCUCUCUGAUUAUGAAGUAGCUGAGAAGAUUUGGUUCAAUGAGUCCAACAGGAGUUGUGCAGAUUGUAGAGCCCCAGAUCCUGACUGGGCAUCCAUCAAUCUCUGUGUUGUCAUCUGUAAGAAGUGUGCAGGGCAACAUAGAUCUUUAGGACCAAAAGAUUCCAAGGUUAGAAGUCUAAAAAUGGAUGCCAGUAUUUGGAGCAAUGAACUCAUUGAGCUUUUUAUUGUCAUUGGAAACAAAAGAGCAAAUGACUUCUGGGCUGGUAAUCUUCAAAAAGAUGAAGAAUUACACAUGGACUCACCAGUAGAAAAGAGAAAAAACUUUAUCACUCACAAGUACAAGGAAGGAAGAUUCAGAAAAACCCUUCUGGCGUCUCUCACGAAGGAAGAAUUAAAUAAGGCUCUGUGUGCUGCUGUAGUGAAACCAGAUGUUCUGGAGACAAUGGCAUUGCUGUUCAGUGGAGCAGAUGUCAUGUGUGCAACCGGAGACCCCAUGCACAGCACCCCUUAUCUGCUGGCCAAGAAGGCUGGGCAAACUCUGCAAAUGGAAUUUCUCUAUCAUAACAAAUUCUCAGAUUUCCCACAACAUGACAUUCAUUCUGAGGGUGGAUUAAGUCAGGAAUCCUCCCAGUCUACGUUCCUCUGUGACUUUUUGUAUCAAGCGCCUUCUGCUGCUUCUAAACUCUGUUCAGAGAAAAAACUGCUUGAAGAGACAAAUAAAAAGUGGUGUGUUUUGGAAGGAGGCUUCUUGAGUUACUAUGAAACUGAUAAGUCUACUGCACCUAAUGGCACCAUUAAUAUCAAUGAAGUUAUCUGCUUGGCUAUACACAAGGAGGACUUCUAUUUAAAUACUGGGCCCAUCUUUACCUUUGAGAUAUACUUACCCUCAGAACGUGUAUUUUUAUUUGGAGCUGAAUCAUCUCAAGCUCAAAGAAAAUGGACAGAGGCAAUAGCCAAGCAUUUUGUUCCCUAUGUUGCUGAAAACUUAACAGAAGCUGACUAUGAUUUGAUUGGUCAACUCUUCUACAAGGACUGCCAUGCCCUGGAUCAGUGGAGAAGAGGCUGGUUUGCUAUGGACAAAUCUAGUCUGCGCUUCUGCCUUCAAAUGCAAGAAGCUCAGGAAGACAGAAUGCAUUUAAGGAGACUGCAGGAGCUAACAGUCAGCACAGUGGUUCAAAAUGGGGAAAAAAUGGAUGUCCUGCUCUUGGUAGAAAAAGGGAGAACAUUGUAUAUCCAUGGGCAUACCAAGUUGGAUUUCACAGUCUGGCAUAGUGCAAUUGAAAAAGCAGCAGGUACAGAUGGUAAUGCAUUACAAGAUCAGCAGCUCAGCAAAAACGACGUUCCCAUUAUCGUGAACAGCUGUAUAGCAUUUGUUACACAGUAUGGUUUAGGAUGCAAGUAUAUCUACCAGAAGAAUGGUGAUCCUGCGCACAUAAGGGAACUUCUGGAGAGUUUCAAGAAGGAUGCAAGAAGCUUUAAACUGAGGGCUGGAAAGCAUCAGCUUGAGGAUGUGACAGGCGUGUUGAAAAGUUUUCUCUCUGACACUGAUGAUGCACUUCUUACUAAGGAGCUCUAUCCAUAUUGGAUCUCUGCUUUAGAUACUCAAGAUGAUAAGGAAAGAGCUAAAAAGUAUGGGGCAUUUAUACGUACUCUUCCAGGAGUCAACCGAGCAACACUGGCGGCUAUAAUUGAACAUCUUUAUAGGGUUCAGAAAUGCUCAGAAAUCAAUCACAUGAACGCCCAUAGUUUGGCCAUGGUCUUUUCAUCCUGUCUGUUUCAAACUAAGGGGCAAACUAGUGAAGAAGUGAAUGUAAUCGAGGACCUAAUUAAUAAUUAUGUUGAAAUAUUUGAGGUUAAAGAAGACCAAGUCAAACAAAUGGACAUAGAGAAUAGCUUUAUUACCAAGUGGAGAGACACUCAAGUUUCACAGGCUGGAGAUUUAUUAAUUGAAGUGUAUGUAGAAAAGAAGGAACCUGACUGUAGUAUUAUAAUUCGGAUAUCACCUGUGAUGGAAGCAGAAGAAUUAACUAAUGAUAUACUUGCAAUAAAAAAUAUCAUUCCUACAAAAGGUGAUGUCUGGGCCACAUUUGAAGUCAUUGAAAAUGAAGAGCUAGAACGCCCUCUUCACUACACAGAAAAUGUAUUGGAGCAGGUGCUUCGGUGGAGUUCAUUAGCUGAACCUGGAUCUGCUUAUCUGGUGGUGAAGAGAUUCUUAACCAUUGACAUGAUUAAACACUACAGUGAGAGAAGUGCAAUGGAAUGUAUCAAAGAGGGAGUCUUGAAAAUCAAGGAAGAACCAUCUAAAAUCCUAUCUGGAAAUAAGUUUCAAGACCGGUAUUUUGUUUUACGAGACAGUCAUCUCUUUCUUUACAAAGAUCUAAAGAGUAGUAAACAUGACAGAAUGUUUUCUCUGAGAUCAAUGAAAUUUUACCUUGGCGUGAAAAAGAAAACAAAACCCCCAACAAGUUGGGGAUUGACAGCAUAUUCCGAAAAACAUCACUGGCACCUGUGUUGCGAUAGUUCACAAACUCAGAUGGAGUGGAUGGCCAGUGUUUUUAUUGCCCAGCAUGAAAAUGAUAUAUGCCCGCCGGCUGGAAAGGAACGAAAACGUUCUAUAACCAAAAGUCCCAAAAUUGGAGGUUUGCCUUUAAUUCCCAUCCAGCAGGACAGAAAUGUAACCCAAGCCCGGAGAAAUAUCGAGAGUGCAAGAGCAGAACUUGAAAGGCUGUGUCUCAGUGAAAGGCGCGAUACAGAGUCUGUGGAUACCAGCUUAAAGGAGAGAGCCACCAUUGUGUCUCACUGCCUGGAACACAAAGAAGAAAAACGUCGAAACCGAACCAGAAAACAUAGAAGUUUCAACUGCUUGGAUGACUCAGCGGCUGAGGUCCCUCAUGGGGAACCAAAAGACCAUAAAAGCUUAAAGACUUUGAGCAGGGCUGAGGACAGGAAUGGCAAAACUACUUGGGACUCGGCUAAUAAGUUACCAUCAAAGGUAAUUGAAGAACUUAGUGUGGUUCUACAACGGACCAGAAACCUUCCAAAAGAGUUAGAGGGUGAGCAGAUUUUGCAGAAAGAAACAAAAUGAAUUGUCCCACAAUUUUUGUGAAAAAUAUUGCAUACAAUUUUCGCAUGCAACCCAGAAACUAAACUAUAAGAUGAUUGAUGGUUUUUGAGAAUUCUCUGUAUACACCUAAACAUAUAAAGACAUUUAAAGAUAUAUAUGUAUAUAUGUGAUGUGUAAGAUUAACUUUAUUUUGGUCUCAACAAAGCUUGUAAAGUUCAACUGUAUUAACUUUGUGUUAGACCUUUGAUUACUUUGAGUUGCCAACUCUUUGAAAGUAGAUCUCUGUUAAGUGCUAUAAUUUAUGAACAGAAAUCUCAAACUGUACUGUAUUGUAUAAAAUGUUGCAUUUAAAUGAGACAUAUGAAACUAUUUGUAACACAUUGUGCACUUUGAGAAAACUUGUAUAUUAAGUUACCAUAGUUUUUUUUUUUUGUUUGUUUGUUUUUUUUUUUUUUCAGUUUACCUAGGGUCUACAUUAGGGAAAAGAAAGGAAAGUGAUUGAAAAUGGGAGGGAUUUAUUUUAGUGCCUGCCUAACAGAAAACAUUGGUGUUUUUUAAGAAAGGCAAGAAGUGAAAAAAAUAUACUAAAAACUGAGGAGGUAGGUAAGAUCCAUUCUAGUUCACUAUUGACCAUAACUUGUUAAUGGGAAACUGCUUGUUAAAAAAAAAAGUCAGUGUCUAAGUAUUUCCUAAAAAUAAUAUUCAGCCAACAGACAAGAAUAAUGGCUCUGGCUCCUCUUAUUUAUGGCUUUGAUGAACAGCCACAGUAUACCUUCAUUACACUUCAGUUCUUUAUAGGUAGCUGCUAAGAAGAAACUCACACUGCACUGGGAAGGUUGUGUGCAGAGGACUGGGCACUGAGGCCAGUUGCCAUCUGUAUACAAGCAAAUUUUUUACAAUUCCUGACUAUACUUCUGGUACGAGCUUAAUUCAUCAUCACCGGGUUUUGUUGUUCUUGAUGUUUUUGUUGUUUUUGUUGUAUUUGUGUCAUUUUUUGUUAUUGUGUUGCUUUAUAUGUUUAUUUUUUAUGUUUGCUUGUUAUUUUACGAAAUAAAAUUCAUAAAUUUUAUUCUUUGGAAUGUCAUGAGUUAACUGGAAGAGCACAAUAUAUGGCCAUUUCUUUUGGGGACGGAAUUUUACUCUUCAUUUGAGAGCUACUAGCUCACACUGAAUUGAGUGUUUUUUGUGUUUUGUUUUAAAUAAAGUCUCCUCCCUGUUCCUAAUGAA